AUGGCGACAAGUUGUUAUUUUGAUUUUGGCCGUAAACCCGGUUUAAAUGGCAAUAGUGUAUAUUUUAUAACGACUGGUGAUAAUAAACCGACAGCGGGGCAAAUUAAGCAAACGGAUAAGGGAUCAAUGAUGGAUGCAAUGGAAGAUGCAACAAAUUUGAUAACAGAUGAUACUAUCAACCAACCAAAUGAUUAUUCAAAAAUAAACAUCUCAAAUGCCGCUAACACAUUUAUUCCCGCAUUGGGUACGAAUUAUAACGAAGAGAUGGCGAAUAACUUGGCUAUUCAAAGCGUAUCCAAACAGCAUAUUGUAUCGACGUAUGCAAUGCCAACGCUCAAUAAUACUCAUGGCAUUAUUGAUGGUAAUUGGCAAAACGAUGAUGAUGGGAUGGAUAAAUUUAAGCAUAAACAGCAAAUGGAUAGCUUGUCAACAGUGGCAAUUGACGAUGAUUCAAUUAGCACGAUACAAUCUCGAAAAAAACAGACAGAAAGUGCAUAUAUAAAUAUGCCAAAUUUAUAUAAUUGCAUAAAUAUUAGCGAUCAGGAACAUCAUCGUAUUAUUCGUUCACCAAUAAUUGAAAAAUAUGUAAUUGAAAAGCCGGAAAUGGAAAAUGACAAGGAUGCAGAAGAUAAAAUAUUGAUUCCAAAUUUCAAGCAAUUUUCCGACGAUUACACACCUGAUGAUAUAUCGGACAUGUAUACAACGUAUAACUUUGAUGUCAGUACAAUUGAAUCGGAAUAUGCUUUUAAUAUUGAGGAAUAUGAUAAUACAAAUGAAAAAUUCCUGCAUUCAAAUGAAAGUAAUAAAAUAGAAUCAAGAAAUGAAAUUUCGGCAAACAAAGAAAAAUUUCCGAAUUCAUAUAUUUCUAAAAUUGAAACUGAUCCGGACAAAGAUACUACUAGUACACUGAUUGCAUCGGAAAAGCCUUACAUUGAAUCAUAUUAUAAUGCUGGUGAUUUACACCAAUGGAAAGUUUAUUAA